AUGAAGAAAUUCGGCAAGACAGCACCCGAAGAUAAACUCAGACGGCGCGCAGGAGAAAAUUCUGUUGGGAGGUAUCUGCUUGGUCGGGGCAAUAGUGCUAAUGAUAUUGCUCGGAGACUCCGCCGCAUCGGUAUUGCUACUGGCAUUCACCUGUUUUACAGAUUUUCCAGAGAGCAGGAAUCAAUCCAAAUAACACGUGACAUCUGGGAUCCAGUUACUGGUUAUCAACUCCUCCACUAUCUACUGCUUCGACCGCAGCCAGCAUGCAAUCUGUGGCACGAUCACAAACCUACGAAAUUGAUAUCAUUCAGUUCAGUUAUCGAGAUACGGACAAUCCCAUUGCGCUUGCGAGUUCAUUGA